AUGCCGGAGUUGAGAGACUUGGAGCCGGUGGGGGUGGGUCUCCGUGUCACCACGUCUCCCACCCAGACCGUAUUCUAUAUCAUCUUGGUCCUGCUGGGCAUUGUGGGUAACGCCACGGUGGUUGGCGUGAUCGGGGACAGCGUGUUCAAAGACCCCAGUAGAGGACAUAACUCAGACAUCAUCCUGAUAAACAUGGCCCUCUCUAACCUGCUGGUGUCUGUCCUGAGGAACGUCCUGCUGGUCAUCUCUGACCUGGGGAUGGAGCUGAACUCUUCCAGAGACUGGUGUCAUGUCCUGAUGGGGGUGUGGGUGUGGCUUCGCUCAGUCAACGUGUGGUCAACACUCUUCCUCAGCGCGUUCCACUUCCAGACACUGAGGCGUGUGGCCCCUCUCCCAGGGACUGUUCACGGGCCCCACAGACCCCCCAAGACCCUCCUGAUUAGCCUGGGCCUCAUCUGGUCCCUCAACCUGAUCUAUGCUAUACCUGCACAUAUCUACUCUACCAACGGGAACAAGAACAGCACAGAGACCCUGAUGGUGGUCAGCAGCACCACGCGCCCCCUGCUGGGCUGUGUGUGGAACUUCCCCUCCAGCUACGACGGCCUGGCCUACGCCACCACCUCCAUGGUGAUCCACGAGAUCCUGCCUAUCAUCCUGAUGGCCAUCACCAACCUGGGCUCCCUCUACACGCUCUACACCCACGGCAGGACCCGCAACCCCGCACACAUGACCCAGGACGCGCCCGUCAUCAAGAGGGUACCGGCUGAGAGACGGGCUGCCAAGGUGAUUCUAGCCCUCAUCGUGCUCUUCAUUGCGUCAUGGGGAACCAGCAUCAUCUCUAUAAACUACUUCAACUACAACCGAGGUUCGUCAGCCGGGUUCCUCCUGGUUAUAGCUCGCUUUGCUAACACCAUCUUCAUCGCCAUUUCGCCCAUUGUGCUGGCAGUGGGUCACCGGCGGCUGCGUGCUGUCAUUAAGUCUUUUCUUACUCACUGA